AGAGCUCCUGUAGCGGUCCGGGAAGAGGAGGGGCAGGCCUCGGUUCUAGCCUCUGCCUGAGCUUCAGCUUCACACAGUUACUCCGCUCUCAUCUCAUCCCGGCAGCAUGGCGGUCUGCCUCACAGGACACGCAGCGAGAACGCUGAGGACGUCGGCGGGAUGCGCCGCUCGGCACACACGCCAGGUGGUCCAAAUAAUCCCUGUGAGAUGGUUAAACCUUCAGGAAUACCAGAGCAAGAAAAUCAUGGCAGAUCAUGGUGUCACAGUUCAGCGUUUCUUUGUGGCUGAAAACUCACAAGAUGCCCUCGAGGCUGCUAAGAAGCUGAAGGCAAAAGAAAUUGUUUUAAAGGCUCAAAUCCUGGCUGGUGGCAGAGGGAAGGGCAGCUUCACCAGUGGACUGAAGGGAGGAGUUCAUUUAACCAAAAACCCUGAUGAUGUUGGCCAACUAGCCAAACAAAUGCUUGGGUACAAUCUCAUUACAAAGCAGACCACAAAGGAAGGUGUUAAAGUUAGCAAGGUUAUGGUGGCUGAGGCCCUGGAUAUUGCCAGAGAAACUUAUUUAGCUAUACUGAUGGACAGAGCCUGCAAUGGACCGGUCAUGGUUGGAAGCCCCCAGGGAGGAAUGGACAUUGAAGAAGUAGCAGCUACCAAACCUGAGUUGAUAUUUAAGGAGGUCAUUGAUAUCUUUGAAGGGGUUAGAGAAGAUCAGGCAUUUCGAAUGGCUGCCAAUAUAGGAUUUAAAGGACCACAGCAGCAAAAGGCUGCAGAACAGAUUCAGAAACUAUAUACUCUGUUUUUGAAAGUUGAUGCCACUCAGUUAGAAGUGAAUCCUUUUGGUGAAACACCAGAUGGGCAAGUGGUUUGCUUCGAUGCCAAGAUCAACUUUGAUGACAAUGCAGAAUUCAGGCAAAAGGAUAUUUUUUCUCUGGACGAUGUAUCAGAAACUGAUCCCUUGGAGUGUGAAGCAGCAAAAUAUGACCUUAAGUAUAUUGGCAUGGAUGGAAAUAUCGCUUGCUUUGUUAAUGGAGCCGGUCUUGCAAUGGCUACGUGCGAUAUCAUCGAUCUUCAUGGAGGGAAGCCAGCAAACUUCCUUGACCUGGGCGGUGGUGUGCAAGAGAAUCAAGUGUACCAAGCAUUUAAGCUGCUUACUGCAGACCCAAGAGUUGAAGCAAUCCUUGUCAAUAUUUUUGGUGGAAUAGUUAAUUGUGCAAUCAUAGCAAAUGGCAUAACAAAGGCAUGUCGUGAACUUAAACUGGAAGUACCACUUGUUGUGAGACUUGAAGGAACCAAUGUUAAUGAAGCCAAGCGCAUCCUGAGUGAGAGUGGAUUGCCAAUUACUUCUGCCGGUAAUCUGGAAGAUGCAGCCAAGAUGGCAGUCGCCAGUGUGACUUCAAAAUAGAUUAAUGAAGGAAGUUUACAAGUGAUUAAUUUUCUUUACAUUGAACUGCUCAGCUACUUUGAGUAAUUUUGGAACAAUAAUUUUACAGUUUUUCACCCAAUGAAUUGUUAGAUCUAAAGAAAUAUUAAUACAUUUAUACAAAGUCUGCUGCUAUUACAGAAAAGUUGUAAAUUGGGCAGUUUUUUAAAAGAAAUAUUAUGUACUUUAAUUCCUACAUAUCAAUAAUUAUCUUUAAUGAAAAUAUGAUUUUUUUUAUUUCUGUGAGCUCUGAAUACUAUAAUGUUAUGAAAUGUUUUCUGAACACCUUUGUGAUCUUCAAUUAUUACAAUAAGACCUCAACUUUUGCCUUAAUCGUAAGGGUGAUUAAAAUGGUAAUAAUGAUUUAACAGCAGUGAAACUAGUGCUGUUUCAUAAGCCUUAACCUUCCUUUAGUGCCAAGAAUACAAAUCUAUUCCCAUCUGGUACAUACACAACUUGGCACAGUUAAGUCAGUUGUACUGUUGGCAAUGUGCCAGUGGGCAAAUAAUCGUACUAAACUAUUUUUUGUUCUCUUUGCCUUUCUUUUUAUGAAGCUUAUUUUUACUAUGCUAGAAAUUUACUGCCUGAAUCAUGUUGUAAUUUCAAACUUCUGAGACUCUUUUCAAGUCCUCAAUGCUUGAAACAACUAUGAGAGUAUCUCCGUAUGGGCAAGCAAAAGAUAUGUAACAGAAAGUGUCUUCCAAAAGGCAAAUAAAAUGUUUUCAGCUAUGGAGGCAAGUACUCAGAAUGAGUGGCAAUUGUAUUUAUAGAUUUUUGUUCAAGAUUUUGUAAUGCUCUGUAUUUCAAACUCUGCUGGGCGAAUUUAAACCGCAAUAUUAGAUGGGAUGGUAGCAUUCCCAUAAUGUUGUUAGGUAGGGAGCAUCAGGUUUUGGUCUGGAGAUGAUAAAGGAACAAGAUAUAUUUGCAAGAAAAGAAACUGUGCUUUCUGCCUUUGUCCUUUAUGCUGCUAAAAGUCACAAAUUUAGGAAGUGAUGUUGAAGAAGGCUUGGCGAGUUGGUACAGUGCACUUUGUAUACACUGCAGCUUGACUAUCUUGGAGACACAAAGAACUACAGAUGCUAGACUCUGGAGCAACAAAAUCUGUGGGAGGAACUCAGCAGUCUGAGCAACAUCUGUGAAAGGAAAGAAAUUGUAUGUUUCAACCCUGCACCGGACCGCGAGUGGAGAGGUGAGAUGGCCAGCGUGGAAAAGAGGUGUGGUGAGAAAGGAUUGCUAUCAGAAAUAGCGAUUGGUGGACUGAAGAGGGGUGUAGGAUGGCUAGCAGGCAGGGCCGGAUAGAGGAGGUGAGCAGGGGUGGGGCUGGAGGACUCUGGCAGAUGGGUGAUAGAUGGGGACUGUUAGAGGAAAAAGAACAAAAAAAAACAACAGAUGAAGCAAGGCUAAGAGAGGGGAAUGUGAAGCUAAGUAGGAACCCAAAGUGGUACCAGGUCUGGAUUCAGAUAAAUAAAGGUGAGAAUGGAAACCAUUAAGGAAAGAGGGAUGAACAACAGUUGGAAUGUGAUUGUAGGGGUUGGGGGUAUCCCAUCCAUGAGUGGUGGAUUGAGCCAGGAGAGGGAAGAACAUCAA